UCUGCAGGAAGCAAGAGGGCAGGGCGUGGGGCAGCUUGGUGCUAGGGAACUGACCUGUGGCCUGGCGGGCCUCUGGGCGGGGAGUGUAGAAGAGGGGUGUCAGGGGCUGGGGGACUCCAUGCGGGGGCCAUGGACAGAGCGGCGCUCCUGGCACUGUCCCGCCUGUGCGCGCUGUGGGCAGCCUUGCUCGCGUUGUUCCCCAGCGGAGCCCAAGGAAACUGGAUGUGGUUGGGCAUCGCCUCCUUCGGGGUUCCGGAGAAGCUGGGCUGUGCCAACUUGCCGCUGAACAGCCGCCAGAAGGAGCUGUGCAAGAGGAAACCGUACCUGCUGCCCAGCAUCCGAGAGGGCGCCCGGCUGGGCAUCCAGGAGUGCAGGAGCCAGUUCAGACACGAGAGAUGGAACUGCCAGGUGGCCGCCGCUGCCCCAGCGGGCACCAGCCCCCUCUUUGGCUACGAGCUGAGCAGCGGCACCAAGGAAACAGCCUUUAUUUAUGCUGUCAUGGCUGCAGGCCUGGUGCAUUCUGUGACCAGGUCAUGCAGUGCAGGCAACAUGACGGAGUGUUCCUGUGACACCACCUUGCAGAACGGUGGCUCAGCGAGCGAAGGCUGGCACUGGGGGGGCUGCUCGGAUGAUGUCCAGUAUGGCAUGUGGUUCAGCAGAAAGUUCCUAGAUGUCCCCAUCAGAAACAGCACCGAAAAAGAAAACAAAGUCCUACUAACAAUGAAUCUACAUAACAAUGAAGCUGGAAGGCAGGCUGUCGCCAAGUUGAUGUCUGUCGACUGCCGCUGCCAUGGAGUUUCCGGCUCCUGUGCUGUGAAAACGUGCUGGAAAACCAUGUCUUCUUUCGAAAAGAUUGGCCAUUUGUUGAAGGAUAAAUAUGAAAACAGUAUUCAAGUCUCAGACAAAAUAAAGAGGAAAAUGCGCAGGCGAGAAAAAGACCAGAGGAAAGUACCAAUUCGCAAGGAUGAUCUGCUCUACAUUAAUAAGUCUCCCAAUUACUGUGUGGAGGAUAAGAAACUAGGGAUCCCAGGGACACAAGGCAGAGAAUGCAACCGAACGUCAGAGGGUGCUGAUGGCUGCAACCUCCUCUGCUGUGGCCGAGGCUACAACACUCACGUGGUCAGGCACGUGGAGAGGUGCGAGUGCAAGUUUAUCUGGUGCUGCUAUGUUCGCUGCAGGAGGUGUGAAAGCAUGACCGAUGUCCACACUUGCAAGUAACCCCUCCAUCCAGCCUUGGGCGAAUCUCCUCAGUGACAGACAGCGGAAGUGCCAGCAGAGGGUGCCUCUAGCUGUGCAGAGCUGGUGAAGUCGACUCCUGCCUCAGAAUUCCCAGAUCCUUGGACACUCUCAGAGUUCCUGUUAUCCAGUCGAUGUCCAGUCACACACUGAGCAUGUAGAUUUGGGGUAUUCUAAAGUUGAAAAGGUUUGGGUUCAUGUUUUUGUGGUUUGGGAAAUACACGAGGUCUGACAAUUACCUUUGCAAACUCACCCUAGAAAAAGUGCUACAUACCUCAUUGCUGAAUAUCACU